AUGACAACCACAGAUUCCUCGUCCAGCGAAUCUACCUCCCCAGCAACAACAAUGUCAACCCACACCCAACCCGAUCCCGCUGUCGACAACUCCCUCGAUGACAUCUUCGGCUCCUCGCCACCCCGCGAAAGCUCCCUCCCAUCAACAACCACCCCAAACCCCCAAUCCACCGAACCCUCCGACCUCCCCAGUCUCCGCCGUCAACAUGUGACAGCAGGCUAUCGUGACGGUACAUCCGCCUCGAAGGGCGCGCACGUACAGGAAGGAUUCGACGCAGGCUUUCCUGUCGGUGCCCAGCUGGGUAUGCGCGCCGGUACCGUACUAGGUAUCAUGGAGGGACUGCUACGCGGGCUCGAGGAGCGGAGUGGACCAGGGGCUGUGAAGAAACCCGCUGUGCGGGCGGGUCAUCUUGAUACCGCAUCUGGAUCUGGAUCUACGAAGACGGAUGACAGUGGCAAAAUUGAAAUCGCGGAGUUACGCCGGCAGAAGAGGGAGCAGAUUCGUGUGCUCUAUGAAGCAGCACUUAAGGAAUUGGACGUGCAAGCUGUUUUUGCCGGGGCUGAUGGCGCUGGGGCGGAGGUUGAACCAAAGGCCGAGGGUGAGGAGGAAAAGGCGGAGACCCAGCUUAGGCGGAAGGGGGAUGUUGUUAUCUCCAAAUGGGAGGGGAGGGUUGAUGUUCCGAGGUGGGAGGAGAACAUGGAGGCUUUAGAGAUGAAGGAAACCAAAGAGGGCAAGGGCGAGGACCAGGCUGUGGAGCACAGUUGA